AUGAUCCGAGAAAUGGCCUCAGAAAAUGACUCUUCAGUAAAGGAGUUUAUCCUACUAGGUUUGACACAACAGCCAGAGCUCCAGCUGCCUCUCUUCUUCCUCUUCUUGGGAAUCUAUGUGGUCUCCAUGGUGGGAAACCUGGGCUUGAUUGUUCUGAUUGUUUUGAACCCUCACCUGCACACCCCCAUGUACUACUUUCUCUUCAACCUUUCCUUCACAGAUCUCUGCUACUCCUCUGUCAUCACGCCCAAAAUGCUGGUGAGUUUUGUGACACAGAACACCAUCUCCCAUGCUGAGUGCAUGACUCAGCUCUUUUUCUUUGCCUUUUUUGUUAUUAGUGAAUGCUUUAUUUUGACAGCCAUGGCCUAUGACCGAUACGCUGCCAUCUGUAAACCACUGCUUUAUAAGGUCACCAUGUCCCAUCAGGUCUGCUUUGUACUGAUGGUGGGUGGAUAUACAAUGGGAUUUGUGGGUGCCAUGGCCCAUACUGUGUGCAUGCUCAGGCUUACCUUUUGUGAUGGCAACAUCAUCAAUCACUACUUCUGUGACAUACCCCCUCUCCUGGAGCUCUCCUGCACAAGUACUGCCACCAAUGAGCUGGUGGUUUUCAUCGUGGUGGGUGUCAGCGUGAUAGUACCCAGUCUCACCAUCUUUAUUUCUUACACCUCGAUCCUCUCUAACAUCCUCCGCAUCCAUUCUACAAAGGGCAGGUCCAAGGCCCUCAGUACUUGCAGCUCACACAUGAUUGCUGUUUCUCUGUUCUUCGGUUCAUCAUCAUUCAUAUACUUUAAGUCUUCUCCUGUUGGGUCAGUGGAUCAAGAUAAGAUAUCCACAGUGUUUUAUACUGUUGCGAUUCCCAUGAUGAAUCCUUUCAUUUACAGUUUGAGAAACAAAGAUGUUAAACUUGCACUGAGUAAGACUUUGAAGAAAAGGUGUUCAUUUAAAUAG